AAAUACGGUAAAAACUGUUAAAUAAAUUUAUUGAUAUUAUAAAUAAUGUUUUCCACAAUCUUCGAAUUAGGUUGAAUUCCAGAGCUAUUGAGAUUUUCUUUCAAAUUUCUUUUUUUAUUAUUUUUUAUUUUACGACAAUGUAUCGUAAGUGUUUGAAAAUGGCCGACGAAACUGAAAUUUUGGAGAGCUGGGAAGAAUUAGAAAAUAACGAGGUUUUGGACAAGAAGUUGAAAGGAAUCAAGAUUUCGAACGGAAAUGACAGAUCUAAUGAGAAAGUUUCCGAGCUGAGGGAGGAGGGUGGGAGAACGCAGUAUGCGCCUCAGGUGCGAAUACUGAAGCGGGACACCAGCGCAACAAUGUCUCCAGAAGAUAGAGCAAAGAACCUGAAGGGCCCCCAGAAGAGUAUACAGCAGCGGGAGGCAGAGUACAAGGAAGCAAGGCUCCGUAUUCUAGGGGAGGGGUAUUCUGGAGCUGGGGAUAACUCUAAUACCCCCGUUACAGCACAACCUGAUGUUAGACCUAUUAAACUGAUCAAGCCAACAGAUGAGAUGAAUCAGCCGCGUGUGAUGGUUGUACGUGAGCCUCGAGGCCCAAAUGGAACAGCAGGAUUCGACCAACACAGAUAGCCCUCAAGGGCCACAACUCAUGUCUUGACAUUGUGAUUGAAAACCAUCAAAAUGUGUUUGAUGUUUUUGGCCAUUGUCUCCCUUUGCAAUUUUUCAGCUACAUGUAAAAAGUGGUUGAAAUUGUAAAUGGGAGAUAAUUUGGUGUCUAACUUAAUGGGAUUUUUUUACCCUUGAACAGAUUUCUGCCAAAAUGCCUAACUUUUGUAUUUUAUCCAAUGCAUGAGUAUUUUCCAUUUUUUUAACACAAAAAUGAGCUACAAUUUACUCAGGAAUGUUUAAAUCUUGAAUGACUCAAAAGAUAUACUUUUGAGAUACUGCUUUAAGAAAUGGCUUUAUUUCAUACAGAUAUGUACUUUAUGAUAUAAAGUCAUAAUUGUGGCUAAAAAAACUAUUUUGAACAAAUAAUUUGGCAAUAUACGAAGGAUCUGAUUUACCCAUGUUUAAGAUCAAAAGUGUCAGUCCAUGCUUGGGCUGGCCCGAAGUUGUUGAGUGCAGGUCUUGCUUGGGCUGGUUAGAAAUUGUAAAAUGCAGGCCAUGUUUGGGCUGGCCAGAAAUUGUUGAGUGCAGUCCAUGCUUGGUUAGGUCAGAAAUUGUUGAGUGCAGUCCAUCCUUGGGCGGGGCCAGAAAUUGUUGAGUGCAGUCCAUGCUUUGGCUGGCCAGAAAUUGUCGAGUGCAGUGCAUGCUUGGGCUUGCCAGAAAUUGUUGAGUGCAGUCCAUGGCAAGGACAGGCCAGAAACUGUUGAGUCCAGUCCAUGGCUAGGACAGGUCAGAAAUUGUUGAGUGUAGUCCAUGCUUGGGCUUGCCAUAAAUUGUUGAGUGCAGUCCAUGGGUAGGGCUGGCUAGACAUCUGUUGUACAUGCUUGGGCAAGCCAGAAAUUAUGAGUGCAGUUCAUGUUUGGGCUAGCAAAAUGUCAUUGUGUGCUACUCAGCUACUGCAAGAGUAAUGCAUAUUAGCCAUAGCUUGUAGGAAUAUAACACUCAAACAUUUGGCAUUACUUGGUUGUGUUUUGCUUCACAGCAAUAUAUUUGAUAGAAAUUUGGUAUUGUAAAAUGUUAAAAGUUCUUGUACAAGGGGCCAUAUUCAUAAAGCGUCUCAAGUCAUUUCCUAACUUGAGACCAUUUCUUAAAAUUUUCACACUUAAAUUAAAAGAAAUGUAUACAUUAACUUUAACAUUAAAAUAUGCUUUUUUCAAUAAUGUCAUGAAAAUGAUUUAUCUUGGGAUUCUUUAAAAAUUUUUAUUUCAUAUGACUUUAGAGGUACUUAAAUUAGGAAAGUGACUUGAGUAAGAAAAUGACUUAAGAAGUUUAAUGAUUACCAACCCUGGGCAUUAUUUUAGUCUUGGGUGCAGGUGCUUAAGCCUAUUAAAUGGAAAAUUUCUGCAGCUUCCUGCUUUCAGGUGAAUUCGACAAUUUUAUUGUACACCACAAAACACGUUUACAAAAUAAUGUUUUCACUAGUUUUCAAACACAAACACAGCCUAGUUGAAUUUUUGGCUGUUAAAACCCUUCAUCACUAAAACAGAUAUGUUUUAAUGCAAUCUUUGGCUUUUUAAAUGCUUCAAACCCAGGAUUGGGCUUUCUCACAUGUUGCCCCCAUCAGGAGCUGCCCUGUACCCACCAGGGGGUCUAACUCAGCCCCCUGGAACCCAGAAUAAAGUUCAGGGAAAUUGGUUUUUGGCCAUUAUCACCCUUGAAAAAUAAAUAAUUUUUGAGAGGUAGAAUGCUACUAAUUUUUGGCCCAAAACAGGUGAAAAAAAAAUGCCUUGUCUUGAGUCUUAUUAUUUCAAAAUCUUCUACUUUCGAAAAUAAAGCAAAAUUCAUUUUGAAAUUACUUCAAGAUAAAAUCAUUCUUUUAUUUAAUAGUUGUUUUGAUGUUGUGUUUAGUAAUACCGGUAUAUGUUUAUGUAUCUCUGCAUAUAAUUUCCUUUUGAAGAAAUUUAUCAUGAACUUAUUGAAAUAUAAUCGAGGAAAUGUUGGCAUACUAUUGGUAGACUUGAACCAUGUAAAUUCUUCCUGCUGCCUUUUUAAAACCUGUUGCUUGAUCUUAUGGAGUUAUUACGAUACAUUUAGAAUAUUUUGUUUCAUGCUUUUUAUUUUCAUGCAAAAUAAUGGUGGAUUUUAUCCUGAUAAGCUCACUGUUUAGUGAAAUAGUAUGUCACUGUUUCACUAAUUUUACUCUGUUUCACUUCAAUAAAAAAAAUGAAAUUGCACACCAUGCUAGGAAGAAGAAAUCAAUUAUGUCAUUUCCUGUAUGAUGUCAUUUUGCUAUAACAUUGCGUGGUUUUACAAAUCAAUAACGAAUAAUUAUUGAAAAGUUGUUUGUUACGUGAACACCAAAAGUAAAUAUUUCAAAAUUUCAGAAGUUACCUAUGAAAUAUAACUUUUGGUGUUCAUUCAACGAAAUGUAUUGUGAUAUUUCACUGAAACAAGCAAUUAUCCUUUGUCACAAUUGGUGCAGGUCUUUCAUAUCUGAAAGUGUCAAAAUGACUGAGAGCUUUAUUGAAAUAUUCCCCUGAUUUUUAUUAUGUUUAUUUGUGGCAUCUUUGGUGUAUACUAAUAUUGUGUUACUUCAUUGUUGAUGAUGUUUUUGAAGCUCUGACUCAUGGAUUUUUUACCUUGAUUAAAGCCUAUUAUUAAAGGGGCUAUAUACUGUAUGAUGAAAUAGCGGAAAAAAAAUAGAAGAAAUUUGUUGAAAACUGACAUAAACUUGUUAUUGAUGUGUACAAUGCAUUGAAACUUAAACUGAAGUACCACAUGGUUUACAAUUAAUUUAUUUUUCGCAGUUUUUUCGUAUUUUUCCAUUAAAAAAAGAUUACUAGGUAUGUAUACCUAGUAGAAUUCAUUCUUAUGCGUGAUUGGCAAGUGGAUGUUAUCAUGUGAUAUUACCAAGUUAGGUAUAUAGUUUAAAUAUUCCAACGGUUUAGGUAAGCUUUCAUAGCACAGUGGAUACAACACUGGAUUGCAAUUUUGGCAACACCGAUUCGAUCCCGGUCUCCGACUUGAUUUUGAUUUUACAUUUUGGUAUUUUUUUACAAUUAUGAUAUGAAAGAGUAAAACAUUUUAUUAAAUAUUUGUCCUGAGAUUUGUUACCAAAAAAACAACUUUUUUUCGUGCCAAUCUGGUGUAUAUAGUCCCUUUAAGUAUUUGAAGGGUCUCUAUAAUCUCAUGCUAUUUCUUAGUGUUGAUAUUACCUGAUAAUAACAAAUUGAAUUGUUCGGAAGGUGAAGUGUGUUUUGUGCACAAUGAAAACAAUGAGUGAUAUAAUAAGAGAUUAAGUAUUAAUAUUAGAAGCUUGGGCCGUUUCAAUAAAACAAUUUAGUCAUAACUUCAAUAACUUAAUUCCUUAUACGGUAAAUGUCACAAAAGGCAACAAUUGUAUGUUUUAAUUCUCUUGUUCAUUUCUAAUGCUGGCUAAAGUUCAAUUCCCUCAAAUAUGUAGCAAAAUAAUGAAACUAUGACGGUUGAGCAUUUCAAUUCACGACUUAAACAGAUUGAGCAUUUCAAUUUACGAAUAACACCGAUUGAGCAUUUCAAUUUACGAAUAACACCGAUUGAGCGUUUCAAUUUAAGAAUAACACCGAUUGAGCGUUUCAAUUUACGAAUAAUACCGAUUGAGCAUUUCAAUUUACGAAUAACACCGAUUGAGCGUUUCAAUUUACGAAUAACACCGAUUGAGCAUUUCAAUUUACGAAUAACACCGAUUGAGCAUUUCAAUUUACGGAUAACACCGAUUGAGCAUUUCAAUUUACGAAUAACACCGAUUGAGCAUUUCAAUUUACAAAUAAUACCGAUUGAGCGUUUCAAUUUAAGAAUAACACAGAUUGAGCGUUUCAAUUACGAAUAACACCGAUUGAGCGUUUCAAUUUACAAAUAACACCGAUUGAGCAUUUCAAUUUACAAAUAACACCGAUUGAGCAUUUCAAUUUACGAAUAACACCAAUGAGCAUUUUAAUUUACGACUAAAACCGAUUAAGAUCAUUAUUGAAACAGCCCCAAGAAAAAGUGUUCUGCCUUUUAACUAGACUAGACUACAUGUAUGUUAGUUUAAUGUUGAUAGUCUAUGACUGUGAUAUGAAGAUAAGACUUUCUGGUAAUGAGAAUGUAUAUUUAUUACCGGUAUUUUGAAUUAAUUAUGUACCACAGUUUUCGUUUCAUGAACUUUGAAUCACUCAGAUUAUUUUUAGUCUUAUGAAACAAUCUUUUCUUGGUUAAACACAAGCUCAAGUGAUUAAACAAUUGAUGUAGGUCAUAAUGACAUCAAUGUCAAGUUAUAUUACAUUAUACUCACUCUUGCGCACAGUGGUCAGAAAUUGGCUCAGUGUGAGCAUUAUUUGUUAAGCUCAUAGAGAGCUGAAUUUUCUACCUUCUGUACCCUGUGCGUAAGAGUGUAUUGUCAUAGUUGUAUAACACUUGUUUUGCAUAAAAAUAGCUGUUCUUUAAAGCUGCACUCUCACAGAUUGACCAUUUUGACAACUUUCAUUUUAUUUUUUUGUCUUGGAAAGAACCAUUUUUUUGUGUUAAUGUCUUGAAACCAAUGAUGUAAGGGGCUGAAAAAAUAUCAUAUUUUUGGUCAAAAAUAAUUAUUGAUGUUUUAUGGCGAAAAGCGUUAUUAGCAUUUAAGAAAAAUGAGUCAAUUGGCAUAUAUCACCGGUUAUUAGCAUUUAAGAAAAAUGAGUUUAUUGGCAUAUAUCACCGGUUAUUAGCAUUUAAGAAAAAUGAGUUUAUUGGCAUAUAUCACCGGUUAUUAGCAUUUAAGAAAAAUGAGUUUAUUGGCAUAUAUCACCGGUUUCCAUGCAUUUUCACAAGAGUUUGCUUGUUGCAAGACAAAUAAUAAAAAAAGUUGUCAAAAUGGUCUGUGAGAGCACAGCUCAAAGGGAUAUGUUCACAUAUUUUAUAUUGGCGACUUUAUUUGACGUGUUUUAUCUUUGUAACAAGCAUUUUGUUCAUAUUUUAUCAUGGAAUUAUUUUUCAACAUGUCUGAAACGUCAGUGGGUCCCUUUAAGGAUAUAUGGUAGAAUUAUCAUUCACGAUAUUACCAUUACAAUGUAGUCUACGUAAAUGUGCAAUUGUGGAUCUUAAAGAAUAUAUGGAAGAAUUAUUAUUUCACAAUAUUACCAUGUAUAACAACAUUACAAUGUAGUCUACGUAAAUGUACAAUUGUGGAUCUUAAAGAAUAUAUGGUAGAAUUAUUAUUUCACAAUAUUACCAUGUAUAACAACAUUACAAUAUAGUCUACGUAAAUGUACAAUUGUGGACCUUAAAGAAUAUAUGGUAGAAUUAUUAUUUCACAAUAUUACCAUGUAUAACAACAUUACAAUAUAGUCUACGUAAAUGUACAAUUGUGGACCUUAAAGAAUAUAUGGUAGAAUUAUUAUUUCACAAUAUUACCAUGUAUAACAACAUUACAAUAUAGUCUACGUAAAUGUACAAUUGUGGACCUUAAAGAAUAUAUGGUAGAAUUAUUAUUUCACAAUAUUACCAUGUAUAACAACUUUACAAUGUAGUCUACGUAAAUGUACAAUUGUGGAUCUUAAAGAAUAUAUGGUAGAAUUAUUAUUUCACAAUAUUACCAUGUAUAACAACAUUACAAUAUAGUCUACGUAAAUGUACAAUUGUGGACCUUAAAGAAUAUAUGGUAGAAUUAUUAUUUCACAAUAUUACCAUGUAUAACAACAUUACAAUAUAGUCUACGUAAAUGUACAAUUGUGGACCUUAAAGAAUAUAUGGUAGAAUUAUUAUUUCAAGAUAUUACCAUGUAUAACAACAUUACAAUGUAGACUACGUAAAUGUAAAAUUGUGGAUCUUAAAGAAUAUAUGGUAGAAUUAUUAUUUCAAGAUAUUACCAUGUAUAACAACAUUACAAUGUAGACUACGUAAAUGUAAAAUUGUGGAUCUUAAAGAAUAUAUGGUAGAAUUAUUAUUUCAAGAUAUUACCAUGUAAAACAACAUUACAAUGUAGACUACGUAAAUGUACAAAUUUGUAACAAUUACAUCAAGGUUAUUUAACUCAUAUGGAAUUAUAUAUGCUGCUUUAUGUAAUGCUUAUAACUUAUAAGAAUUUGCACAGAAUUGUAAAUUGUUCAUUAUUAUAUUUAAUGAAAUGAUGAAUUUUGUACUUUGAUUUCAAGUUUAUAUCGUCUUGUAAUACUUAAGCUUGUCUAGUUAUGAAAGGAAAAAGUAUUUAGUGUUAAAAAAGCUUUGUCUGCAAAAUCCUCAAAGUAGAUGUUGUGCGAAAACUUAAUAUUAUAAAAUAACUUUAAAAACAUUAAGUUGUUAUUAUGAAACUUGGUACAAAUGUUCACUAUAGCAUUAGGCUUAUGUUUAUAUAAGUCCCUGGAAAAGAUAUUUUUCAGCAUCUGCUUCUUUGCUUUUCAUGCUAUAAUGCUUAUGUCAUUUUAUCUAAAGAUGUUGAUUUUUUGUUAUUCAUUUAGGUAUGUUUUUUUUCUUUUUGCUCAUUUGUAUUUCAUUGUUUAAUGUCUAUUACUAAAUAAAAGGAUUUGUAACAAAGUAUAUCCCCCCACCCGAACAUCAAACCCCCACCCCAUCCUUUUCCACUUAACAAUAAAAUGUGUAUCACAUCUUCAAAGAAUUUUUGUCAAUUGUAGGAUAUAAUUUGAAAUGGACAACCAACAUACAUAUGUGCCUAAACCAUUUCUCCCCUACCCUCCACUUUUUAUCGUCAAAAUGAAUUGUUGUUUUUUUCCAUGCACUGUCUAGUAACUCGAUGUGCUGCUUUAAUAUAGAUUAGGCCUUUUGUAUACCAGUAUUCUAUUCUUCUAAUAAACCGUUUCAAGUUUUA